AUGAAUUGUUCAUCAUUUUCAGUCUUGGCUUUAGGGACAUCAUUCACAAGCGGAAGGAAGUCAAGAGAACUUUGGGAGAAGAUAUCUAAUGAGAAAGCGAGGCUGCAAGAAUAUGAUAAUGUUGCAGAGAAUUUAGGAAAAGAACAUAAUGAUAGCAAGGGGGAAACAACAGUAAAUGAAGAUUAUAUUGUGAAUAAGAGAAACUCAAUGAACAUAGCUGUGGAUGGAGACAACAAGACUCCACCAUUACUGACAUUUAAUGAGAUGAAAGAGCAUGGAAACCUCCCAAAUUGGGUUUUGGAUAAUAUUAAGAGUAUACUAAAAUAUCAAAAUCCAACAGCAAUUCAAUCUCAGGCAAUCCCGUUGCUAUUUUCUGGUGUUGAUUUACUCGUACAAUCUCCAACUGGGUCAGGAAAGACUUUGUGUUAUAUUCUUCCAAUUCUUGGUAGAUUAAGGAAUGAGAAGGUAUAUUGUGCAAAUUUAAUUUUAAGUCCAACAAGAGAACUAGCACAGCAAAUAGUUCGUGAGAUCAAGAUAAUUUUGGAUAUUCAUGGUAAGAAGUAUCGUUGUAGGUAUAUUAGUGGUAAGAUUGAUAAAGUUCAAGAAAGUAAUACAAAAAGGUUGGAUAUAGCAGUUUCAACUCCAUAUCGUUUGGCAGAUAUUUGCCGUAAUAAUAUAAUUAAUUUGCAAGGAUGUUCAAUGAUAGUUUUAGACGAAGUUGAUAAGUUACUAGAUAUGGGUUUUGCUCCUCAAAUUGAUGAGAUACUUUCACAUUCAAAUAUUCCCAAGGGUGGGAAGGUUCAGAUUGCGGCAUUUUCCGCAACCUUACCUCAGAAUGUAAUAAAUUUAGCAGAUUCUAUAAUGAAAUCUCCGAUUAAAGUAACUCUUGGUCAUAGACUAGCUGCUUCAAGUACAAUAAUUCAAGAACUUGUUUGUGUAACAAAGGAUGAUGCUAAAAUUGAAUCAUUAAGACAACUUAUUAAGCAAGGGAAAAUAAUGCUUCCUACUCUUGUCUUCACAAACAGCAAGGAUGAUGCUCAAAGACUUUUUAAGAAGCUUAUGUAUGAUAAUUUGAUUGUAGAAGCCAUACAUUCUGAUAUGCCAAAAGUAAGGAGAGAUAACAUUAUUCAGAGGUUUAGAACUGGCAAGAUUUGGAUCUUAAUAUGUACUGACUUAAUGGCCAGAGGGGUUGACUUUAAAAAUGUUUCUUGUGUGGUUAACUAUGAUUUUCCACAUUCUCCAAUUAAUUAUAUUCACAGAGUGGGGCGUUGUGGGCGUGCUGGAAGGACUGGAUAUGCAAUAACUUUCUUUACUUUGAGAGAUAUUCCAAAAAUAAAAUCCAUAGCAAAGGUUAUUAAGUCUUCAGGGGCAGAUGUACCUUCUUGGAUGCUUAAAGUUAAACUUAAUAAUAUCAACAAAUCUUAUUUUAAGAAACAAAAAUAG